UUUACCACAGAAAAAGAAGCGACAAAACAAAGACAGAAAGGUGAAGAUUCGACAAAUUGGGUUUGAAAACUUGUGUUUGUCCCAAGACAGAGAUCCCCGAGAACGAGCCUCAAUGGCGUGACCUCCUUUUUAAACCUUGACAUUAUAAAUUUAUUUGUUUUUUAAUAAAUAGUUUCUUUAACUUGUUUUGGAACCCUCACUUUUGUGUUUCGUGCAAGUUCCUUUUGGUUGAUAUAAAAGAAGAGGAGAAGGAGAAAAAGAAAGACAACACCAGAAAAUCUUAUCAUAGCUAAAAACACUUCAAGACAAUGAAGCUAAUUAGAAUCACCAUCUUGCUUUGUGCAUUGGCCUUGUUAUGUCUUCUAACUCCAACAUCUUCUCUACAACUCCAUCCUCGCUACGCAUCUCCUAGCCAAGCAGGUGUAAGUGACAAGAUUGUUAUUAAAAUGGCGCCACGGAAACUCAUGAUCAUCUCUAGAGAACAUGUAAAUCAGGCGAUGAGGUCAGGUGCUCAUGAAGGUUCAAGCGAACAACUUCAAGUCACUUCUUCUGGAAAAUCUAAGAGUGAAGAGAAGAAAUUAGGUGAAAAGGAAGAGGAGAAUGCUCUAUCGAAAUAUCUAUCAAUGGAUUAUCCAAAAUUUAGAAGAAGACGGCCAGUUCACAACCUCUAAGUCCAUGCAACAUGGAUUUUUUUUCAAUACAACUAUUAAUUUUAGCUAGAUUAGGCAUUUAAUCAAGAUAAGUUAGGAAUUGGUUAAAUGGUUGGUAAUAACGUAGUUAUUUUGUUUUGGAAUGUUUUUCUUUUACAGUUUCUUUUGGAAUGUUAAGGAACAAGUUUUGGCGAUAUUGUUGUAAAAAAUGGAAUAUCUUCGUGUUUAUUAUUUUUGUAAUAUAGUUGGUUUUAGUUACUGAUAAUGGCCGACAAAAAUGAGCAAAGCCCUAUAACUCUGGUUUGGGGUUUGAGCUAAUUAAUUGCUCGUCCUUUC